CUCAAAUUUUUUUCCCUUUCUUUUUCUUGAUUAAAGAAAGCCAUGGUUCAAAAUCAUAUGAUUGACUCUUUAUCGGAGCGUCUUCAACAUGACGUUCAGAUAUUUGACGACUUGUUGAAACUGAUACCCGCUAAAUUUUAUGUGAUGGACAAAACAGAAGAAGCCAACGGUAAAUUCCAACACAACAAACGUAAGAAGGCACCAAAACAAGCUAUCAAAGACGCUACAAAGAAAGCCAAAAAAGCCAAACUUGACCCUGAAAACGCAAAAACUAUUGCUCAAGUACAAGAAGAAAAGGCUAAGCAAUUGGCAGAAUCAAAAGCAGAUGAAGACGAUGCAUCAGAAGAAAGCGAGUCAGAUAGCGAUGAUAAUGAAGUCGAGUCUGAAAAGAUGGAAGUCGAUUCUGGUGCUUUUAGUGGACUAGAUGAUGACAGCAACACAAAUCAUACAUCUUCAGCCAAGCAAGAACCAGUCAAUGUUCAACCUAUGGAAAAGAGCGAUAUUGAUCAACUUCGUAACCGUCUUCAUGAACGUAUUCAUUUGUUGCGCAAAAAACGCAAUGCUCCAGGUGCUAAUCCUGCCAACCCUAGAAGUCGCGAAGAUAUUUUAGCUGCCAGAAAUAAGAAAAAAGAAGACAGAAAGAAGGCUAUUAAAGCACAAAAAGAAAAGGGUAAUAAAGUUGCUCCUGAAGAACUUGUCAAGUUUGACAGCAAGUCCAAUGCUGAUAAAUCUCGUCCUUCUGCAGACUCCAUAAAGAUGGACGGUGACUUGUUCUUUGGUAAGCUUUCUGUUGGUAAGGAUCAAAAGAAGAAGAAGGGUCCCUCAGAUGCAAAGACACAAUUGAAGAUGCUUGAAGCCAAGAAGGAAAAGAUGGAGAAACUCAAAGAAGAGAACAAAUCAAAAGCAGACGAAAUGAAGGAAAAAGAUGAAUGGAGUAAGGUGAUUGCCUUGGCAACAGGUGACAAACCAAAGGACGAUGCAAAACUACUAAAAAAAGCCAUCAAACGACAAGAAAAGCAAAAGCAAAAGAGUGGCCAAGAAUGGAAUAAGCGUCUUGAAAAAGUAAAGAUAGACGAAAAGAACAAAAUCAAGAAGAGAGAAGAAAAUAUCAAGGCAAAGAUUGAAGAAAAGAAGAAUAAGAAGAGAGGCAUUAAAGUCAAGCCUGCUGCCAAAAAAGCACGCCCUGGCUUUGAAGGUGGAAAGAGAAGCAAAGGCGGUAAAGUGACGAAGCCAAAAGCUCCUAAUAACAAAGGCAAAAAAUAAUGUAGUUUAGUUUUUUAUUAUUAUUAUCUCGCAUCCCCCCACCUCCUCCUUGUUUUUUUUUCUUUUUAUAUUUUCAUAUCCAACACAAUUUGUAAUGCAUUUUUUGAUAAAAUUCUUAAAUAGACAACCCACAAUUGUUUGUUCAGAAAAUAAGAA